CGGUUUAGAUAGCUUCUGGGUCGACAUGCAGCAAGCGCAAGGCUCUGAUCGGAAACAUUAGUGUGCUACAACACUUGGCAGGCAGGUCGGCAGGCACCGCAGGUCCCCUACGUGUGUACAAGGCGAUGACGGGGCCGAUGGAGAUUCCUGUGAUCGAUCUCAGCGGCCUCAACGGCGGCGACGAGGAGAGGUCGCGGACCAUGGCGCAGCUCCACGAGGCCUGCAAAGACUGGGGCUUCUUCUGGGUGGAGAACCACGGCGUGGACGCGGCGCUGAUGGAUGAGGUGAAGCGCUUCGUGUACGGCCACUACAAGGAGCACCAGGAGAGCAAGUUCUACGCCUCUGACCUCGCCAAGGACCUGCAGGCCGGCCGCUACGACGGCGACGAGGCCUCCGACCAGGUAGACUGGGAGGCCACCUACUUCAUCCAGCACCGCCCCAGGAUCAACAUCGCCGACGUCCCGGAGAUCCAGCCGCUCACCAGAGAGACGCUGGACGCGUACAUCGCCCAGAUGGUGCCCCUCGCGGAGCGGCUGGCGGAGUGCAUGAGCCUCAACCUGGGCCUCCCCGGCGGCCACGUCGCGGACACCUUCGCGCCGCCGUUCGUGGGCACCAAGUUCGCCAUGUACCCGUCCUGCCCGCGGCCGGACCUCGUGUGGGGCCUCCGCGCACACACCGACGCCGGCGGCAUCAUCCUGCUCCUCCAGGACGACGCCGUGGGCGGGCUCGAGUUUCUGAGGGGCGGCACCGAGUGGGUGCCCGUGGGGCCCACCCGGGGCGGCAGGCUCUUCGUCAACAUCGGGGACCAGGUCGAGGUGAUCAGCGGCGGCGAGUACAAGAGCGUGGUGCACCGCGUCGCCGCGGGCGCCGAGGGCCGGCGGCUGUCCGUGGCCACGUUCUACAACCCCGGGCCCGACGCCGUGGUGGCGCCGGCGAGGGAGACGGCGUACCCCGGGCCGUACAGGUUCGGGGACUACCUCGACUACUACCAGGGCACCAAGUUCGGCGACAAGGACGCCAGGUUCCAGGCCGUCAAGAAGCUGCUCGGCUAAGCAAAACAAAUUCAACUCGGCUCUGCUCUGCUGCAUGGUUUUCCUUUUGAUCUCGUGCUUAGUUCGCUGUGUGGAGGAUUUCAAUCCGUUGAUGUGUUACGUGUUUUGUGAUUCACUAAUGUUGCGGUUUGUUUCUCCGAUUUGCUGGGUCAACUUCAAAAUGUUCACGUCAUUUCGUA